GGCCACCAAGUGGGCCCAAAGACAGGCCAAGAGGGCCUCCGUAGACAUCUUGGUUCAAGCCAUUGACCCAGUGGAGGUCUCCAAGUUGGUAUCCUGUCUGGUUCCGGGCUGGACAGCCCCCCAUCGCCAGACUCCGCGCCAUGCUUCAGGAUGGUGAGGCGGCUCUCGCCGAGCAGGGGAAGGGGAAGGUGGCGCGCCCUGAGCCGGACGGGAUCAGCUUGGCCCUCACGCGAUGCCCAACGGAAGCGCUGCUCGCCUUCUCCGUCGGCGACGGCGGCCAGGACGCCAACGCGCACGAGGAGAGCUGGAGCUGGGGCGCCACCGCGCUGUCGGAGAACGGCGGCGAACUGGCGCUCCUCGAGGUGACGUCCCUCGCCAGCCCGCGCCCCAGCCCCCCCCAGGCGCCUCAGGUCCGAGGCGUACUGGGAGCAGAAGGCCGCCGUCGCCGCCAGGUGGCCCGCACGUUCGCCUUGGGAGCUGGGCGUGAGGGCGCGUCGCCCGUGCCUCGACGAAGGUGGGAGCGGUCUGGCCGGCAGCCGCGAAGGGCACCGCUUCGGGCCCGCGGCGCCCGCGGCGCCGGCGGCGGGGCGCGCCGAGGGCGACGGCGCGAUCGGCAGCCCCGGGAGCCGGGCGGGCGCCAUCUCGAGGGCGUUGCGCCGCGAGGCGCGCGGGCCCCCCGCGCCGCCGGGGUCGCCCUCGGCGGCGCUCGGGGCCGCUCCGAGCUCGCGCGGCUGAUCUCGAGCAAAAGUCGGCGGUGAGCCCGGGGGGGGGAAGGCAGUAGAACCAAACCACACUGACGUCUUCCUCUGUAUGAUCGUGCCGCCUGGCCAGGAGAGCCGCCAGCUAGUGGCGCGUGCCGUCAGCGCCCGCCUGGCCGCGUCCAUUUGGGGGCAGCGGUCAGGGGAGCUUCCCUCAGUCCAGGGCGAGCCCUGCACCUCGUAUCAGAUGGAUCAACGUGGACGCCUCCUGCCUCGCGCGCCAGACGCACGGCACGAAUUUUUAUCCUAGGACUUUUUUGUAGUGAUUCUGGAUGUUCCAAAUUUUGCCAGUCACUGCACUACUUGGCAUGGUUCACGCCAGCCCAGGGGAAUAGCAUGGAAACGGCGCAGGGCACGCCACGUGGCCACGGGCUGUCAGCCGCGCCGUAUAUAUUGCGUGAUACGCAGCUUCGUCCACAGCGUCAAGCGCAAUGUGGGCGGAAAAGUUUAAGCACGUGCUGCUGUACAGUCUCGGCGUACGUCCAAGUAGGGCCGACUCAGAGUCUGUCCUGCGUUUCUUGCGCCAUGUCUUACCAUGAUGGUGUUGGCAACAAUUUGUUCAUUCCUCGCCCAGUGGUGGCCAAUCCCCGAUCUUCAUGGCAACAGUUUCUUUUAAUGCCGCGCCCAGUGGUGGCGAACCUUCAAUCUUCAUCCUCCUCCUGCUCCGUCUAGGUUUCUUUGGAAGCGCUGCAGCGCCCACAUUUUUUUGGGGCGGGCAUUACCGCCACGUCCAGUUAGGGCCGAGCCUCAGGGAUUCGUCUGUGGUUUUGGCACCAUGUCUCACCAUUAUGGUGUUGGCAACAACUGUUUCAAGCCGCGCCCAGUGGUGGCAACCACCGGGUGUUCAUUCUCCUCCUCCUGCUCCUCAUCGAUUUCUUGUUUACCUGCUGCCUCCUGCUCCUCCUCCUCACUCUGCAGGAAAUCUUUAUGUAGCUUGUAUAACUCAACCUUGGGGUCUUGAGUCUUUGAAGCCGACUUCUCCGUCGCUUUUCAGCUAGCGCUCGGAGAUUCAGCGUUGCAGACGCGUUUAAUACAGUAGAGUUUCGCUCCGAACGCGAGGGCGACGGCGAAGAGUGAUAAAGACGGGCCAAGACGGCCCCAAGAUGGCCCAAGAGUGGCCCAAGACUGCCUAAGAAGGCUUCAAGAUGGCC